UUUUUUUUUUUUUGGUUUUUGGCCAAGUAACCUAAGACAGGGUUUAAGAAGUUCUUUCUUUGUUACUCUAUCAAACUAAAACCCUGCGGCUCUUCCUACGACCCCCUGUUGCACUUGCCCAUUUGGUAUGCGACUCAAUUCAAGUAUUGGAUUUUUCAAUCGCAACACACUUUUCCCUUAUCCAUUUUCUUCUCUGGUUUUCUGGGCUGUUUUAAUACGGGGGUUUGGUUUCGUUUCAAAUGGCUUAUUCUUUAGUUCCCAGCUGUUAAUGGAGAUUGUUUUGUCAGCAAUGAGAAUUGUUUUCUGGGUUUGUAAUCUUUUCGUUUUCUCUCUUCUGGGUCAGCCAAAUUUCCCAGCUUUUUCAACUGGGUUCGCUUGGCUAUGUCUUUUCGUGAUAUUUACUCUGUAGUGUUGGUCUGAACAUGAAGAAGAAAGCUCUCAAUUCUUUGUACCUCUUCUGCAAAAGCAGACGGCCUCUAACUUCUUGGGCUCUCCCAAUGGAAACCUCAGAUACUUCAUUCUCAACUAUUGCCAAUGAUCAUAAAUCUCUCUGUCUCACCUUGGCUGAACAGCUCAUUCGCCGGGGCUUGUUGUGCUCAGCUCAGCAAGUGAUGCAGAGACUUGUCAAUCAUUCUUCUUCGGUUUCGGAUGCGAUUUCGGUUGUCAAUUUCGGUAUUGAACGUGGGUUGGACCUUGAUUUGGGUACCUAUGGUGCAUUGAUUAAGAAAUUGGUUGAUUCGGGUCAGCAUCAACUGGCUGAGGCUCUUUAUCGUGACAAUGUGUGUGUUAGAGGUAUUGAUCCUGACUCGUUGAUUUUGACUCAUAUGAUUAUUUGCUUUUGUAAAUUGGGGAAAUUAGAAGAGGCAAGCUUCCAUUUGGAUAAACUUCUUGUGAAGAAUUCUGUUCCUUGUAAAGCUACUUGUAACAGCCUUCUUAAGGAAUUGUAUGAACGUGAAAUGAUUUUAGAUGCUUUUGAUUUUUUCGUUUGGAUUAGUAAUGCUAAAGUAUUCCUGGGUUUUUGGUGUAGUCGGUUGAUUGAUAGAUUAUGCAUUAGAGGCUAUAUGGAUGAAGCUCUUCAAGUGUUUGAUAUAAUGCGUGAGAGAAUUGGAUAUUUACCUACAGUUCACAUGUACAAGUCAUUGUUUUAUGGUUUUUGUAAGAGAGGGCGGGUCGUUGAGGCUGAGUUGUUAUUUGGUGAAAUGGAGUCUCACGACGUGUACAUAGAUAAGACAAUGUAUACUUCUUUAAUUCAUGAAUAUUGCCAGAGUAAAAAAAUGAAGAUGGCAAUGCGGGUUUUUCUGCGAAUGCUGAAGACCGGUUGUGUUCCUGAUAAUCGCACGUGUAAUACGUUGAUUCAUGGAUUUGUGAAGUUGGGUUUGUUUGACAAAGGAUGGGUCAUAAGCAAACAGAUGGUAGAUUGGGGAAUGCAGCCUGAUGUGAUUAGUUAUGGCAUUAUGAUUAGUGAAUACUGUAAAGAAGGUAAAUGUGACUCUGCAUUGAUGCUUUUGGACACCAUGAUCAGUUGCAGUUUAAUUCCAAGCGUGCACUGCUACACAGUGUUGAUCAAUGCACUUAACAGGGAGAAACGAUUUACGGAAAUAGAUGAAUUGUACAAGAACAUGCUUAAAAAUGGCAUUGUUCCUGAUCAUGUGCUUUAUUUUACCCUUUUGAAAAACUAUCCCAAGGGACAUGAGCUUCGACUUGCUCUUAUGAUUUUGCAGGCAAUUGGAAAGAAUGGUUGCGGGAUUGACCUUUCUACGCUCUCAGCUUCCAAUGAUAUGUUUCCUCCUGGUGACCUAGAGCAAGAAAUUGAAGUCUUGCUUGGGGAAAUUGUAAAACGAGACUUAAAUGUAGCUUCUGUGGCAUUUAGUGUGUAUAUAUGUGCCUUGUGUAUGGAUAGUAAAACAGAUGCUGCAUUGAAUUGCUUGGAUAGAAUGGCAAAUCUUGGCUGCAGACCUUUGCUUUUUACUUUCAACUCCUUGAUCAAGUCUCUUUGCAGUGAGGGACUUUUUGAGAAUGUUGAAUCCUUAAUGGCCAUUAUGGAAGAGCAGGGCAUUAUGGCAGACCUAACAACAUAUUUGAUUAUGAUAAAUGAACUUUGUAAACAAGGUGAUGUAGAAUCAGCCCUUGGUGUUCUGGAUCACAUGGAGGAUAUGGGGAUGAGACCUGGUGUUGCUAUAUAUGACUCAAUUAUAGCUUGUCUAGGUAGAGAGAAAUGUGUUGUAGAAGCAGAAAAUAUGUUUAAGAGGAUGCUAGAGGCUGGUGUGGAUCCUGAUGAGGUCGUUUAUACAACAAUGAUUAUGGCAUACCUGAACAAUGAAAGAGUUAUUGAAGCCCGACAGUUGUUUGAGAAAAUGAUGGAGAAUUCGAUACAGCCAAGUAUGCUUUCUUACACUGCCCUUAUAAGUGGAUUAGUGAAGAGAAACAUGACUGAUAAAGGAUGCAUUUACCUUGCUAGAAUGCUGAGAGAUGGUGUUUUGCCAAAUGUUGUGUUAUACACCUCUCUAAUAACUCAUUCCUUGAAGAAGGGUAAAUUCGAAUUCGCCUUUAGAUUAGUUGACUUGAUGAAUUACAGUCGGAUAGAGUUUGAUCUUGUCACCUAUAUUGCACUGGUCAGUGGUGUUUGUAGAAAUAUUCCUGUUAUUCAGAAUAAGCAGCACAUUCUAAGUAGACAGUCCCUACAAGCUUGGCAAAUGUUGUUUCGUUUGCUCCAUCAGAGUAAUCUGCUUCCAAAUGAAAACUAUCUACAAGUUCCUGUCAGAACUCCGAAAGAAAUCAAAAGCUUUGCUAUCAAGCUGAUUGAGACAAUAGAAAGUACAAGGUUCAUGCCAAAUUUGUACCUAUAUAACGGUAUAAUUUCUGGGUUUUGUUGGGGGCAGAAGAUGCAAGAGGCAUAUGAUAAAUUUGAAUUAAUGCAAACAGAGGGUUUAUGUCCCAACCAAGUUACUUACACUAUUCUCAUGAGUGGACAUGUUCAAUCAAACGAUAUCGAUUGUGCAGUUGGAGUUUUCAACAAGAUGAAAGCAGAUGGUUGUGACCCGGAUAAAAUUGCAUACAACACUUUGUUGAGAGGACUGUGUAAAGCUGGGAGACCAGUCGAUGCCUUGACACUUUCCUAUGCAAUGCGCAAGAGGGGUGUUUUCCCGAGCAAGCUUUCUUACGAAUGUUUGCUGAACUGUUUCUGUGCUAGUAAUUUAGAUGAUAGUGCCUUCAAGAUAUAUCAAGAGAUGAUUGCCUUUCAUUAUAUCCCUCACUCAUUUAACCGUCACUGGUUGCUCUGUAUAUUAUACAAAAAUAACAAGCUGCAGGAGGCUCGCUUUGUGUUUGAUUCUAUGCUUGAAAGAGGGCGAGCAUGGAACAAUGAAACAGAGAGGAUAUUUGUUACAAGCUGAGACAACUGAUAAGCCUAAAGUUCAUGAAUUGAAGGUAUUAUUCAGUUAACGGCGAGUACCUUAAAAUUUGCUCGUUCAAGGCAACAUACGAGAUUCCUUUGGUCAUAUAAAACCCUUCUCACUGCCUUUCGAUAAAAGGUGACUCUGCCUUUUUGUGCCUCUGCAUUAUUUGGUGUUUUUCGCGAAAAAAUCUGCAUGCAGAUUUUAAUGAAAUUAUGUUGGCACUUGGUUGUGGAGUGGUGGCGCCACAUAAUGCAAUCAAGCCCUCUAAUUUCCACCUUGGAAGCCAAGCCGUUCUCACCUUAUUCAAAUGAUGUUGCUGUGGAAACAACUAACCACAAUGGAGGUUAAGAUAAUUGACAGCUCUUUGGGAUUCAUAUGAGGAUGAGAAGAACAUGGUUGAAAGUUACUUGGGUGACAAAGUAGCUAUAGAUCCAAAACAGAAGAUUAUCGAACGUGUGUGUUUUUCAUGGACACUCCAAAGCUUGUUUGUCUGAAUAUUCAGGUUGCCGAGAAGCAUCUCUCAAAAAUGGUUUUUACCAUGGCUCUAGCAGAAAAGUUACUUUACUGUUGCUAUGCAAAAUUGAAGAAAAAUGUAUCAAAUGCUUCUCAAAUGAAGAAUUGCAUCACUGCUUCACACUUGCCUGCACAGUACAAACUUUCCACUGCAUGAAACUGAUCUCUUCAUUGACAUAGCUCCACUUUGAAGUGAUCUUCCAUUUGAAGAACUACUACUUUUAAGUCUCUGCAACUUCUGAUUCUCACCAGCUCUCUUUUCACUAUCUACUGAAUCCAAUCUAUUGUUAACCACUUCAAAUUGUUUAUCAGAAUUCUCAUCUGUUUCCUCAACAAGGACUUUCAAAAGAGAGAGAUUAAUCUUGGAAGCUGAAAAAGAAUCCAAAGAAACAGAUCUUCUACUUGGUUGUACUCUAUCCACUUCAUCAUCAGAAUACUCAUCUCUCUUUCUUUCCUCCCCUGUUCCUGUCCUCAACUCACCAAUCUCAUCCUCAUUUUCACCACUGAAUUCUUCAUUAUCGACAGAAAUAUCGAUUCGGGUUUCUUCCACAGGACUAGAAUCAACAUCACUCGGCUCUGGGGAAGGCGUCCUGGCAGCCGAACUUGUUACAAUCGGAGCACGACACAAAGGGCAAUUCGUGUGUGAUCUAAGCCAAGUAUCAAUACAAGGGACAUGAAAAGCAUGACUACACUUGGGUAAAAGUCUAAGAGUUUCAUCUUCUUGAAACUCACUCAAACAAACCGAACAAUCACUACCUUCAACAAGGCCUUCUUCUUUUUUAUACUUCAAAACCGUGAUGGAACCGAUGAUGGAAGGAAGUAAACCAACAGUCCUGAUGUACCAGAUGGGAUGGUCAACUACAGGUCCAUGAUCUUCAUCAAAAAACUCAAGAUGGGUUUCAUCCUGUUGUUGCUCAGACUCAUUCCUUCUACGAUUAAACCUCAUGUAAAAGACAUAGCCACAAACAACUAGAAAACUGGCUGCAACAAGAGCUAUUGUAACAGACAAAAAGAUUAAAGCUUUGUGUGAAUGGUGUGAGGAGACUGGAUCACUUGGUGGAGGUAUAUACAGAAGCUUACACUCUUUGGGACAUAUAAUCGAACACCCAGGAAAGCAAAAUUCUGGUUCUUUUCUAUCACAAGAGGGUUUACAUAAUUGGGUCAGAUUAAGUGGUGGCUCAUCACCAGCACCAGCAGCAUGCAAUUUUCUAUUAAGGGAAGCCAUGUUUUGCAGUAUAACCUAAUUCAAUAUCAAUUUACAGAAACAGAAACC